AUGCCUGAUGCUAAGGAAGGAGAAGAUCGUGUCUACAUGAAAAUCACUGGCAUGAUGGUCCAGAUAUUGAUUGACAUGGCCCCAGAGUAUUGCAAAUAUGUUGUAUUAGAGAACAGAAAGCGAGUAAUCUAUGUGCGGGUACUACGUGCUAUAUAUGGGAUGUUGCAAUCGAGCCUCCUAUUCUAUAAUCAGUUUCGAAGUGAUUUGGAGGCAAAGGGAUUUGUUUUCAAUCCGUAUGACCCGUGUGUUGCUAACAAAGUUGUUAAUGAAAAACAGCAAACUAUCAGAUUUCAUGUUGACGAUCUUAUGUCAAGUCACAUGGGUCCGAAAGUAAAUGACGAAUUUGCUGAAUGGUUGAACAUGAGAUAUGGUUUGAUUCAGCCAUGUAAAAUCGUCAGAGGAAAGAUACACAGAUAUCUUGGAAUGACUUUGGAUUUCUUGGUAAAAGAAAAACUCAAAAUCCGCAUGGACGACUAUGUCAAGAACAUGUUGGAAGAUUUUCCUGUCAAGUUCAACAAGGAUUCAAAGCAGGAAACACCAGCUGGUAACGAUUUACUGGACGCUGGGAAAGGAAAGUUACUCAAUGCUGAGUACUGUCAAAUCUUUCAUACUACUGUUGCAAGGGGACUUUAUGUCUCUAAGAGAGCUUGUUUGGAUAUCCAUCCAACAAUUACUAUUCUUGCCUCAAGAGUUCGAGAACCUACAGAGUCUGAUUGGAAGAAGUGUGUUUGCAUGAUGCGAUAUUUGUUUUGUACAUCGUUGUAUCACCUUACACUUUCCGCAGAAUCACUACGAGUCAUGAAAUGGAUGAUCGACGCAUCAUUUGCGGUGCAUCCAGAUUUCAAGAGCCAUACUGGCGGCACUCUGUCCUUUGGAGGAGGUGCAGCUCAAGUGAUGUCGAAGAAGCAAAAGCUAAACAGCAGAAGCAGUAUGGAAGCAGAACUGAUUGCUGUUGACGAUGUUGUCACGAUGAUACUAUGGACGAAGUUGUUCAUGGAGUGGCAAGGGUAUCCGAUUGAGAAAAAUAUCUUGUAUCAGGAUAAUAAAAGCGCAAUUCUACUGGAAGAGAAUGGUCGCAAGAGCGUGGGCAAAAGAAGCCGAGCUAUCAAUAUUUGUUAUUUCUUUAUCACAGAUCAAGUUGAGAAAGGAAAUGUUAAGAUCAAAUACUGCCCAACUGACGAUAUGAUUGCGGAUUUCAUGACUAAGCCAUUGCAAGGUGAGAAGUUUUGCAAGUUCAGGGAUCUGAUUCUUGGUCCACAGGACUAG